UCUGUUUUACUUUUUUUUAGUGAAAAUUUUUCUCUAUUCGCUUUUAGUUAAAUCGUUUUUGCCAUUAUUCGAACACAAACUUGAAUUCGAUUUCUUUAAUAAGAAAAAAAAAUUUUUCUCCGCGUUUCAUAGUCAAAAAAUUUUCGAAUUUUUUUUGAUAAAUAGGGAGCGUAACUUCAUAAAAAUUAAAAAAGAAAUACAUAAAAAAAUCAAGCGGUUUUUAAUGGAAUUUCGAGUUCGUUUUAUGGAUGUGAUUUGAAUAUUUUUUUUUCUGUUAUUUUUGUUUUUACUUUCUUGUUAUGCUUUGUUUAAGUUACUUAAUAUCAAGGAUAAUUUAAUGAUAGUUUCAGGAUACAAUUUAUUAAGAAUUUGCUAAAUAAAAAAAUUAGUAGAAAUAAAGUGGUUGUUGAUAAGGUACAGAUCGCAAAAUACGACACAAAACAGUAAAAUGAAAAACAUACUAAAACAAUAAAGAAGGACACAAGAAAAAAAAAAUAAACCAACAUAUAAAAAUAAACAAGGACGUUAGUGUUUAAAACACAAUUUAAAGAAGAAACAAGUGCAGAAAAAUAAAAAAAAAAAAAACAAAAUUAAAGAAAAUACAGAUUUUUUGUAUGAGAUAAAAACAAAAAUCAUUUAAAUUUAUAUUUUAAAUUAAUAUAAGUGAAAAGCAGCCAAAAUACGAAAGAAGAACAACAGCAGCAGUUAACAGAGCAGAUUUUUAACAUAAAUAUAACGUGUACUGAAAAACCAGCAAAACUAAAAAAUAUCACAAAAAAAGCCUCUUGUAUUGUAAAAUGCCUGGAGUUGUGUUUUUAAUAGUUGUACCAACAGCAAAUUUUGAACGUCAACUUUUAUAUGGUGGACUUAACAAAUGGGAUACAAAUAAUGAUACUGCAUUACUUCCACAUCCACAAUACCAAACAAGUACAAUAAGUCAUAAUAAUCAGUUACUUCAACCAUCUAGCGGCAAUAUAAAUACAAUACAUGAUGAUACAACUGGACAUAUUGGUGGACCCCAAAAUGGUAGUGGUGUUGUUGGUAGUAGUGCAAACAGUGGAAAUAAUUUAAACAUCACUCUUCCUGAUAACAAUACAAAUGCUCUGUUACGUCUUGAGGUUGAAUUACGUGACAAGAAUGCACCAAAAAAUCGUAAAGGUUAUGGUAGAGGUGGUGGUGGUAAUAAAAUUCCUAUAACUACUUCAAAUUUAACCAAUUUAUCACAAUCACCAUCACCAUAUAAAAAAGGUGGAGCAGAACUACAACAAAAUAAGGAUAUAAACGUUAUGGUACCAAUGGAAAAGGUUCUUGAAGAAUUGCUAUUUAAACUGGAAAUUGAUCAUGUUACAUGGUCAAGUGAUAAAAGAGGAUAUUACUAUCAUGUUGUAUUUCCAUUACCAGCUGGUGAACCAUGUGAAACAACAUUACAUUGUCUAACUGAAUUGGGUAUCGGAACGAAAUUUAAUUCAAGUGUCAGUGUACUACCAUGCAGUGUCAGCUAUGACGCCAUAUCAGAUGCACAAAAUAAAGACACGGAUUUCAGCGAUGAAAAUGAAGAGCAACUUUCAAAAUGGAAUGAAUUUGUUGAGUCAAUAAAAUCAAAGUUAACGGUUAAACAGGUGGUGGAUGGUGUAAGAGCUGGUGGAAGUUUAUCUUUUGAUUAUUUACUACUUAUAGUUACAGCAGAUUCUUUAGCUGCACUUGGUUUAGUUGAAAAUAAUGCACCAAAUAUUGUUGCUGCUAUGCUUGUAUCGCCAUUAAUGGGUCCAGUUAUGUCGAUAACAUUUGGUACAAUAAUAUCAGAUCGAGAAUUAGUUAGAGUUGGUUUUAUUUCUUUGGCUCUUGGUAUGUUUAUUUCAAUGGUAUUUGGUUUUAUUUUUGGAUUAAUCUUAGGCACAACUGAAAUGCCAUGGGGUUUUGGUGAUUGGCCAACCGAAGAAAUGAAAGGGAGAGGAAAUUAUCGUUCAUUAUGGAUGGGUGUUUUAUGGGCGUUAACAUCUGGUACAGGUGUUGCUGUUGCAUUAUUACAAGGUUCAGCUGGUCCAUUAAUUGGUGUGGCAAUAUCAGCUUCAUUGUUACCUCCAGUUGUUAAUUGUGGUCUAUUUUGGGCUUUAGCGUGUAUUUGGUUAAUAUACCCUGGUAUUAAGAUGCCACAUAUAAAAGGUGAAGCAUAUGUUGGUAAUUCGACCUAUGAAUUCAUUUAUACACAAUAUAUACCAACGGAAUUCUUUAUUAACGGUAUUGUAUCUGGUUUAUUAACCGUUGUGAACGUGAUUUGCAUAUUUAUAACUGCAAUUAUCGUAUUAAAAAUAAAAGAAGUUUCAGCACCAUAUACAGCUAGUCCCGAUCUAAAGAGAUUCUGGGAAACUGAUUUACGUGCAGCAAGAAAAACAAAUCGUUCAACAAUUCGAAGAAAAUCUUUGAGACCAAAAAAUUUGCCAUACGAAGGCUUAAAUGAAACAUCAAUGCCAAGAAAUCAUGAAUUGGAAACGGUAAUGGAACAAGCAUUACAAGAAGCUUCCGAAGAUGUUACAUUUCAAAAAGUUAAACGCAUGAGUUAUUCAAGUAAUGCAGCGGGAGAGUUAAUGCAACGUUUACCUCAUCAUCAUAAUACUGUUGGUAUUGGAUCUCCUGGUGGCAAUAUAAAUACAAAUGCUACUAGUGCUGCUGCUGCAAUAAGUGGUUUAUCAUCUUUACGAAAUUCAAAAUUGAAUUAUGACCUUAAGGCAUUAGAUAAAUUAGUUUCAGUAUUAUUAGAACAACAACAAGAUCAACAACAGAAUCGUAAUAAAAAUCCUGAUGAUUUUAAUACAAUCUAUAGCCAUUUAGUUGAUGGUGGUGGUAAUAUUGAUGAAAUCAAUAAAAAUCCUUUUCAUAAAAGUUCAAUGAAACAACGUGCACGUUCAAAUUCAAUAUUUAAUAGAAAACCUUCAAAACGUAAUACUAGCAUAAAAUUAUCGUCAUCUCCACGUAGCGAAGCUAUAUUAGAAAGUAUGAAUGCAAAAAACAAGAAUAGCAAUAACAGCAAUGGAAUUAAUGAUGUAAAUGUUAAUAAUUUGAAUAAUAGUAGCAACGGUAGUACAGCUGAUAUAAUCAAUGUAUCAUCAAAUAAUAAUGCUAGUUAUAAUAGAAAUAGUACUGGUGGUAUUGGUGGUAGCAUUGGAAAUAAUGUAAUGCCAACAAUACUUGAACAAAAUCAUCAAUCUACAUCAUCAUUGUCAAGGGAUAAUAAAAAUCAUAAUCCUAAUAUAAUAUCAAAAGGAUCAUGGAAAGAGAAGGCAAGAAAUUCAGCGAAUACGAAUGUACGUAAUGUUUUAAAUUCAAUUGCAAAUUCAGUACCACAAAGAUUCAGUGGUGGUGGCAAUAGACCGGAUGAUGAGGAAAAUAUCAAUUUAACACAUAAUAUCAUCGAUUAAUUUUGAUGAUGUAUUCAAUAUAAUACGUGGAAAUGUAUUGAAAAUUCAAUAGAAAAAAUGUUAUGCAGGAAAUAAUAUUCAUUGUAUGUAAAUGCGUAUUUGAAGGAUAGUUUUAGUAUGUUUUUAUAUUAGGAAAAUUGAAUGAAAAAAAAAUAUUUUUUUUGUUUAUUGUUUAUUUCAGCUUUUUACAGUAAUUUUGCU